AUGUUUUUACGUGCCCAAACUCGUUCUUUCCAUGCCACUGCCAAGAAGAUGGAUUUCUCCAAGAUGUCUAUUAUUGGCAGAGUCGGUACUGAGUUCACUGAAUCCACUUCAGCUAACAACACCACUUACAUGAGAUACAGUAUUGCCUCCCAACCAAGAAAGGAUGGUCCAACCAAUUGGUACCAAGUCACUGUAUUUAGCCAACCACAAAUGAACUUCUUAAAGGAGUACGUUAAGAAAGGUGCUCUAGUUUACGUCGAAGCCGAUGCUGCGAACUACUCAUACGAAAGAGAAGACGGUACUAAGAACACUAGUCUAAGUUUAAUUCAAAGAGAUUUCAACUUAUUGAGAAAUCCUAAGCCAGUUGAAGACCAAGGAGAAUAA